UCAACAAGAGCAAGAAGAAGCCUCAAGUCCAAAUGAACAGUCAAGCCCAAGUCCGUCUGGUAGCGGCAGUAGUAAUAACAACAAUAACUUUAGUUGGGCUAUCCAAACUCUAGCAUGCCCAAAAGGACAACUUUGCUGCCCAUACAAAGGCUGCGGUUCAAAACCAACGCCCUUGCCCCACAGCCUCUAUCGCCACAUCCGAACGAAACAUUUUCCCGAUUUUCCAAAGUUAUCGCCAUCAUGCAUGUACAUCUUCAGAACAACGUCAGGACAAAAAUUUAAAUUCGAUGAAAACGCUCGCGACUUGCUUGAAGAAGGAGCACCCAUCAUGACCGAGAGAAUCUUUAGGUCAUUGAUUGAAUUGAGAUAUCAUUGCCCUUACAAACGAUGUCAUGGACGGUUUUAUUACUCAGCAAACGAUAUCCGGAGCCAUCUCGAAUCAAGACACCCUGUUGUCAAUCCGUCGGAAGGUGACUUUAGUAAAUUGAUAUUCACGACGGCUGCUGGCAAAAGGAUAAAGUUAGAAGACGAGAACAUUACGAAUUCACUGGAUGAUGAUAUGGCCAUCAAUAUUUCAGUAGAAACAAGAUCGCGUCCCAAAAGUAAUGAAACAAGAAUUCAAUAAGGGAGAGGAGUAAGAGUAUUAAUCAUGCGUUUUCCUUAUUAGAGGACGGAACUUUUUACUGUCCGUACAAGAACUGUAGUAAUAUAUGCUAUUUGUAUC